GGCUUCUUGCCGUGACUCAGCCAAAGAGUGCAUUGCUGUGGUUGUUUCAGCUAGUGGUGUGUUUCCUGCCAGGCUUCAGACGAGAGAGGAGCCAUGGCUAAGUUUGUGGAGCUGUACACCAAGGCCAAGAUGCCCAUUGUGGGGCUGGGCACCUGGAAGUCUCAACCAGGGCAAGUAGCAGCAGCUGUGAAAAAGGCCAUUGAUGUGGGAUAUCGCCAUUUUGACUGUGCUUACGUUUACCACAAUGAAGAUGAAAUUGGCUGUGCCAUCCAAGAGAAAAUCAAGGAAGGGGUUGUAAAGCGUGAGGAUCUUUUUAUUGUCAGCAAGCUUUGGAGCACAUUCCAUGAGAAAGCGCUGGUGAAGGGUGCCUGUAAGAAAACUCUCUCAGACCUGAAAUUGGAUUACCUGGACCUCUACAUAAUUCACUGGCCUAUAAGUUUCAAGGCAGGAGAUAAUCUGUUUCCUACUGAUGAAAAAGGUGUGAUCAUACCCAGUAAUGCAAAUCCUCUAGAAACCUGGGAGGCAAUGGAGGAGCUGGUGGAUGCUGGAUUAGUCAAAGCCAUUGGGGUUUCCAAUUUCAACCAUGAACAAAUUGAGAGAAUCCUGAAAAAGCCUGGGUUGAAGCACAGGCCUGCAAAUAAUCAGGUUGAAUGUCACCCAUACCUUAUCCAGGAAAAGCUGGUUAAUUACUGUCAUUCCAAAGGGAUCACUAUCACAGCGUACAGUCCCUUUGGCUCUCCCGACAGACCAUGGGCCAAGCCAGAUGACCCAUCUCUUCUGAAUGAUCCUAAGAUCAAAGAGAUAGCUGCCAAGCACAAUAAAUCUGUAGCACAGGUCCUGCUCCGAUUUCAAAUCCAAAGAAAUAUAACUGUGAUUCCCAAAUCUGUCACCGCUUCACGAAUUGAGGAAAAUUUCAAGGUGUUUGACUUUAAGUUGUCUGAGCAAGAAAUGAAAAUCAUCCUUGGUUUUAACAGGAACUGGAGAGCGUGUACAGUUGAAGGGUGCAGCAGCCACCCGGAUUAUCCUUUCAAUGCUGAAUAUUAAAGCCUGAUUAUACAGAAAGUCUUCAAACCAUAGAGUAAACAGUGUCCAAGUUUUUCUUGUCCAGGUUUAGUAUGUUCUGAGUACUAAUUCUUAGAGAACUGCUAUGAUCCUUUGAUUCUUUGAAAUGCUUUUAUAUUUUCCUGCUUUUUUAAAAAAUAUUUUUUUUAUUUUUGUAAAAUAAAUCAAUACAUUUAUAAUACAGCAGAUAUAAUAUCCAAAGCGCUUAAUCUUUUUUCCCCAUUAAUCUUAUAUCUACUGUAAAUUUCACUCAUAUAUAUAUAUAUAUAUAUAUAUAUAUAUAUAUAUAUAUAUAUAUUUGUUGUUAUCCUGCUUUUUAAAUGAAAUUGCUUCUAAUAAAAUAUAUAUGUACUAUUG